UUCAAUUUUUUUCUUUUCGAAUCCAGUUCAACUUUAAUUUAAGUAAGUUGUUUUUAUCAAUCUUGCUCUCUACCUUUAAAUUUGUUUGCAUUAUGAUGCAGAUAGACGAAUCUAUUUUCGAAUCAUUGAUGAAUUAUUUGGAUCAUGGUUGCUUGUUGCUCGCUAUGGACAGCGUUUUACCGAUGUGUGAAGUUGCUGAUCAUCUGCAGAUUGAAUUUAUAAAAAAAGAUAAUAUCAUUGGUAUGAGUUAUUACACCGGUGACAAUUGUUGGGAACCUUGUGGCUCAUUCGAAGAAGAUGAUCAGAUUCCUAUUGCGGUCAUCAGCGAAGAACAUGUCGUUGACGUUAUCUUUGAUUGUGGCCGAACUGGGCUAAGGAUUGAUCUUGUUUCGCAAAAGUAUCGUUGGCUAAAGAUGUUUGAAUCUCUGCACACUUAUUAUAAUAAACUUGACGAUUUUUUUAAGCCAAAAUUUGAUAUAGAAGGUUACCUCAGGCCCUAUAUCCAAGGUUGGCCUGGUGAACAUGUUGAUUGGUACAAUAACUCAUUCGCCGAUCAUCGCGUACAUGCAAUCAUUCUAAAGGAUGUUUGUUACAACAUAACAAAGUCAUUGACGUUCUGUGUCUUCGAUAUGGUCAAGAAAACCACAGAGAAGUCUAAGCCAUUUGACGGCAUGAAUUUAACUUUUGAAGAUUUGCAGCUUGAUUCGCACAAGUCGAAUGUGAUACUUUUAAUAAAAUCUCAAAAGAAAAUAUUGAUGUUCGAUACUCGCAAUAAGGCGUGGACAUUGAUGGGUCAGAUUUUUUCUGAAUAUAAAAUGAUGACUUUGACUUCAACUUAUAUUCCAGUUCAGUUUAUUUAA